AUGUCCACGCCCAACCGACCUACAUGGAUCUCAUCUAACAAAAUCGAGCAAUUUAACCAUCACAUCCGACACGAGAGGGAUAGUGCUCGUACACUGCUCCCCGCCGCCCACAAAACCAUUGACUACCUGGAAGAGCAAGUAAUACAGGUCAACCUUGACCUCAAUGUUGACCACAUCGCCCCUGUCCCCAAUGUUCCUGUCCCCGUUUUCGCUGCUACUGCAUCAACCAAUUUCUCCACCUUUGGGUCUGAAACGUUCCCUGAAAAGUUCGAUGAUAUCCGGACCAAAAUCCCCGGAUUUGUUACCCAACUCCGAAUGAAGCUCGAAGUCAACCAUAAUCAUUUCCGCAAUGGGACAGCAAAGGUUAUCCAUUCGGUCACCUGUUUGGAGGGAAGAGCCCUUGAUCAGGUCAUCCAACUUGUUAACGCCAAUCCUGCUGACUUCUUUUCCUCCGUCACCUUCUUCGUCGCCCAAAUGGAAGGCUCAUUUAGAGAACUAAACAUUCAAAGCACCAACCACCGCCAACUCAUCCCCCUAAGGCAAGGCAAAGGAGACUUUGCCACCUACUACUCACAGUUAAUCAGAAACGUGUCCCACUUGCAUUACAACAAACGAGUCAAGAUUGACGAAUUGCCGGAAAGAUUGUCGGACAACUUUAGAGACGUCAUGACAUAUCGAACGGACAGACCCAACAUGGUGGAAGCAUAUGCGACCAUGUCAGUGAUGAUCGACAACCACAUGUAA